AUGAAUGUGAGAAAAUGGGCUAGCUGUAAGAAGAAUGGGAGGCCAGAUUCCAUGUCUCAGAAUUGGAGAUGGAAACCAAAAGGACGAGGAUCGUUUGAUGUGGGGGGCCAGGGGGGACAUAGUGUGAUGAAAUUGGGCCACGUGUGGCAUGUGAAAGAGCUUCGAGGCAUGGGCCAACAAGACCGGCAAAGGCGGAUUAUAACUUACGAGCGAAUGAAUGCAAUUAAUGUACCACAGGGCCUCAGACUGGAACAACCCAAAUAG